AUGGAAAAGGGCGUCAGCACGGUGGACGGCAAACGGCUCCAGUGCAUCGUGACGGUGCGGGUCUGUGUGCUUGUCGAGGUUGGUUUGGCGUUAUUGUUGGUGCCGACUGCCAGCGUCAUCGGGGCGUGGCCUGGCACCCUGCCUUUCGAGCCGACAAAGCUCGCCGCCUUAAGCAGCAAGCCAAGAUCCAGCGGUACGCGUCACACCGCGGCUGGCGGCAGCGGCAAAGAGGUGGCAUUGCCCGUGGCACCAGAGGGCGGUUCUGCCGCCGUCGUUCCGUCAGGCGCGAGCGUCGGCAGUGGCGGCGCGGGCCUCUCCGUCGACCGUGCUGCUGGAUUCAGCAAGCUGGAUCCGGGGUCCCGUCGGCCUGCGGACUGGGCAGGGUGCACCAGUGGGGCCAGCUGCUGGUGGCCACCUGCCGACUGGAAGGCGGAGUCGGGCGGCACUAUAUGCGGCAAGGAUAAUUGGUGGGACUCGUAUGCCGCGAGGCACAGGAAGAUCAUGGGCGAUUUCCCCAGAGGAGGGAAGCUGAAUUCGACGCAGGUUCUAAUCUACUCGAGGGAGAAGGAGAGUGGACAGCCCCCUUCCGAACCCGAAGGGCAAGCGGCGGAGUAA